AACUCUAGAACCAUAGGACUUGCCUAUAACCCCUCUCAAUUCAAUCACUCUCUCUUGUCUCACACAGCUUCAUUCAUAAACCCAUCUGCAUCAGAACCUUUAGAUUCUAUAAACCCAAUUUUUUUUUAUCUUCUUUAGGGGUGUUCUGAGCUAUUGUGUUUAGAUCACAUAGAACAAUGGUGAAGGGAGUUGCUGUUCUUAACUCUAGCGAGGGUGUCAAGGGAACUAUCCUCUUUGCUCAAGAAGGAGAUGGGCCAACAACUGUGACCGGGAAUGUUUCGGGCCUUAAGCCUGGCCUUCAUGGUUUCCAUGUCCAUGCUCUUGGGGAUACCACAAACGGUUGCAUGUCGACUGGUCCACACUUCAAUCCAGCUGGUAAAGAUCAUGGCGCCCCUGAAGAUGCGCACCGUCAUGCUGGUGACCUUGGAAACAUCACUGUUGGUGAUGAUGGAACCGCUACUUUCACAAUUAUUGACAAACAAAUUCCUCUUUGUGGGUCAAACUCCAUCAUCGGCCGUGCUGUUGUCGUUCAUGCUGAUCCUGAUGACUUGGGAAAGGGAGGACAUGAGCUAAGCAAGACCACUGGAAAUGCCGGUGGCAGAGUUGCUUGCGGUAUUAUCGGUCUUCAAGGUUGAAUUGCCUCCUGUAAUGGAUAUAACUGUUUCCCGAGUGCUUUUGAGGUUGAAGAACCCAAACUCUUCUGAAUGUCUUGAAUAAGAGGAAAAAUAGUAUAUUUGGUAAAUGAGUUGGAUCUAUUUUAUGCUUUUGUACGAGUUAACGCUUUUGUACUUGUGGAGACCAUGUUCUGGUUGACUUGAAAAGUGUUAUACAUGUGUUUUUGUGUUUUGGUGGCCA